AUGGGCCGCAUCAAGCUCCCCGCAAAGCCCCGGUGUCUGCGCGGCAUCCCCACCAACAGCAUCGCCAUCAUCGCCGUGCUCAUCCUCGUCAACCUCCUCGUCUGGGCCGUCAUCGCCGCCGCCGUCCUCAGCCAGCACCCGGCCCUCGUCUCCGCCGCCGUGCUGUCCUACACGCUCGGCCUCCGACACGGCCUCGAUGCCGACCAUAUUUCCGCCAUUGACCUGAUGACCCGCCGCCUCAUCGCCGCCGACCAGCGCCCGGCCACUGUCGGCACCUUUUUCAGCCUCGGGCACAGCACCGUCGUCAUCGUCACUUGCAUCGUCGUGGCCGCCACUACGGGGGCUCUCAAGGACCGGUUCCAGGACUUUGCCCGCGUGGGCAACAUCAUCGGCACCGCCGUCAGUGCUGCCUUUCUCAUCGUCCUGUGCCUCGCCAAUGGACGUGGCGGCCCGGAAGCCGACGCUGACGCCUCGGCCGAUGCCGCCAUGGCGCAGUUCCAGCUCCCGGCCACGGGAUUCCUCGGCCGCCUCGCCGCCCUCCUCUUCAGAACCAUUGAUCGGCCCUGGAAAAUGUGGCCGCUCGGCCUGGUCUUCGGCCUGGGCUUCGACACCUCGUCCGAAGUCGCCAUCCUCGCCCUCGCAAGCGUCCAGGCCACCAAGGGAACGAGUAUCUGGCUUAUCCUCGUCUUUCCCAUUCUCUUCACCGCGGGAAUGUGCCUGGUAGACACGACCGACGGCGCAUCCAUGAUGGCCCUCUACACGUCAAAGUCCUUUUCCCGCGACCCCGUUGCCGCCCUCUACUACUCCAUUGUCUUGACAGCCAUCACCAUUGCCGUCUCUGCCUUCAUCGGCAUCGUCCAAGUCUUGUCCCUGGUGCAAAACAUUGCCAGUCCCCGCGGCGCUUUCUGGCACGGAUUUUCGGCCUUGACUGACCACUUUGAGAUUGUCGGUGGCAGCAUUUGUGGCCUUUUCGUCCUCGUCGGGCUUGGUUCCGUCCUUGUCUAUCGGCCCUGGAGAAGGCGAAUCGAGAAGAGGCAUCGUCAGGGGCUCACCACGGCAGAAGAAAGCGGACUUGACAGUAACGGACACGAGUCAUGCCCUCAGGAGCCACCACUGAGGACUGAAAACUGA